GGAAAGGGCCGUGGAGGACGGGCGGCGGAGGGACGGGCGGCGGAGGGACCGGCUGCCGACCCGGCCAUGCUUCGCGGCCCGCGGAGUCCGCUCUGGCUCCUGCUCCUGCUGCUGCUGCUGCUGCUGCCCCCGGGCACGUGGGGAGACGGCGGCCGCGCGAGGCCGAGGGAGGGAGCCGAGGAGGCGGGCUCGGCCGGGUCCUGGUCGGCCUUCCAGGGCCUGCGGGAGCGGCUGAGGGCGGCCGGCGCCCUCUGCAGACGCUACUGGGCUCUCUUCAGCUGCCGCGUGUGGCCCGAGGGAUGCAGGCAGGAUGAGGAGCCGCCGGCGCGGCCCCCGGGCUGGAGCCUUCCCCUGUUGGGCCAGCAGUACCUGGAUAUCCUGACCACCUGGUACUGCAGCUUCCAGGACUGUUGUGACAGUGGGGACUGCAGGAUCGUCAAUAACUUCACAGGCCUAGAGGCGGAUCUGCGCGUGCGCCUGCACGGCCAGCACCUGGCCCGGGAGCUGGUCCUGACAGCAGCCAGGGGCUACUUGGAGCUGCCCCAGCCAGACAAGGCCCUGGCUCUGUCGUUCCACGGCUGGUCUGGCACAGGCAAGAACUUCGUGGCACGGAUGCUGGCAGAGAACCUGUACCGGGACGGGCUGAGGAGCGACUGUGUCAAGGUGUUCGUCGCCACGUUGCACUUUCCUCACCACAAGUAUGUGGACCUGUACCAGGAGCAGCUGGCAGGCCAGAUCAGGAAGACGCAGGAGCACUGCCACCAGACCCUGUUCAUUUUAGAUGAGGCUGAGAAGCUGCACCCAGGACUGCUAGAGGCCCUCAGGCCACACCUGGAACGCCAGGUCCCCGAGAACCCGAGGGCCAAGUCCCCGAGAACCAUCUUUCUUUUUCUCAGUAACCUUGGGGGCAAUAUCAUCAAUGAGGUAGUCCUGAACCUGCUUAAGGCUGGGUGGUCCCGGGAAGAAAUUGGGAUGGAGCACUUGGAGCCCCAGCUCCAGGCUGGGAUUGUGGAAGCCACAGACAGUGGCUUUGGACACAGCUGUCUUGUGAAGGAAAACCUGAUUGACUUCUUCAUCCCCUUCCUGCCACUGGAGUAUCGUCACGUGAGGCUGUGUGCACGUGAUGCUUUCCUGAGCCAGGAGCUCCUGUAUACGGAAGAGGCACUAGAUGAAAUCGCCAAGAUGAUGGUGUACGUCCCCAAGGAGGAACAACUCUUCUCUUCUCAGGGAUGCAAAUCUGUUUCCCAGAGAAUUAACUAUUUCAUGCCUUGAGAGCUAGAUGAAAACUUCCCAAAGCUGCCUUCCUUCCACUAAUAGGAUCCUGGGGCCUGUCAGCACACUGUCCAGAACAUAACGGGUUGGAGGGGCAGGCUAGCAUCCAGCAGCCACAAGCACAAGUGGUGUGUAAAAGGGAGGCCUUAAAUCAGAGACAGAGCCAAUUCUUAAAAUCACUUGGUGCCUUACAGAGCCACAUUCCAAAAUGGUCGGCCAGCUGGUUGGAGAAAGUCAUGUGGGAGAUAAAUCCCAAGGAUUUAUUAGCAUAUCAGCUCCUGCCUGCAGAUGCCUGGGCUUGGGGGUUGGGCCUGAGGCUGCAGUAUUCUCAGUGACAGAGAAGGGAAAAAUGAACUUCUGCUUACCAGUGGCAGGAACUGGGUGGGUUAGCUUUCAAGUUGUUAUUCCCAGAGGGAAGCUGAUCAGCUUCUAUCUGUGAGAUCAGGAAAGAGCCUCAGGCUGAAGGAAAAAGUGCACAGAGGAAGAUUUUUUUUUUUUUUAAUCAGGUCAGUGUAGGCUAAGCCUUGUUCUGCUCUGCAGAUUUAAAUCAAUUAAAAUUAUUAUUUUUUUAAGUUAGGGACCUUGACAUGAUUUUAUCAUAUGUAAAGAUUAAAAUUUUGUAUUUUUCUAAAA